UCAUAUUAGUCUAUGUUGCCAAUUUUUUUUUCAUAUUUUUUGAUGACUAUUUAGGUGAUAUGCACGAAACGAGAGGAUAUCGGGAUGAUUUCACUUUCCCCUGAAACCGAAGCAUUAAAAUCCACAUCUUGCAGUAUAUAUAUAUGAUUCAAACCAAAGAAAAGUGUACUCAGCUUCAGCUAUGUGUAAGCUAUGAGCUACUGCACCACUGUCAAAACUAUAUGUGCACUCCAUCAAAAUAAGAACCUACAGUGAACAAAAAUUCACAAGCAAAUUUAAAGAUCUAUCUGCUUCACAGGAUAUCAGCUUAUCUUCUUCAGGUAGUCAGUCAGACUGUCAGAGAGGGUGGUAUUCGUCAACAAAAAAUUCAGAAGCAGGCCAGAGUGAGCCAGUUGUUGGUCGAUGCUGACAUGUUUGGUCCUGCCUGCAGCAGCAGCAAUUGAAAUGUUCAAUCAUCUUGAAUAUAGCCAUUUUUCCAUCUCCCAGUGUGCAGCAUUAUAUAAGUGAGUGACACACAGCAGAAAAAUAUAUAUAUAGGCAUCAGCCAAGAAGUACAGCGGCCGUGGCAAUGGCAGCUGCUGCAAUGGCGACGGUGGCGGUGCCGCGGGUGAAGCUGGGCUCUCAGGGGAUGGAGGUCUCGGCGCAGGGGCUCGGCUGCAUGGGCAUGUGCCCGGCCUUCGAGCCGCCCAAGCCGGAGGCCGACAUGGUGGCGCUCAUCCGCCACGCCAUCGCCGCCGGCGUCACGUUCUUCGACACCUCCGACCUCUACGGCCCCCACACCAACGAGGUCCUCCUCGGCAAGGCGCUGCAGGGCGGCGGCGUGCGCGACAGGGUUGAGCUGGCCACCAAGUUCGGCAAGUUCUUCGCCGGCGGCAAGCCGGGGAUCCGCGGCGACCCGGCGUACGUGCGCGCGGCGUGCGAGGGCAGCCUCCGGCGGCUCGGCGUCGAUUGCAUCGACCUUUACUACCAGCACCGCGUCGACAAGAAGGUGCCCAUCGAGGUCACGAUUGGUGAACUCAAGAAACUAGUUGAAGAAGGAAAGAUAAGAUAUAUUGGCUUAUGUGAAGCAUCGGCAUCAACAAUCAGAAGGGCUCAUGCUGUACAUCCUAUCACUGCAGUUCAGCUUGAGUGGUCAUUAUGGUCUAGAGACGUCGAAGAAGAUAUUGUUCCAACUUGCAGAGAACUUGGAAUUGGAAUAGUAGCUUACAGUCCACUUGGUAAAGGGUUUUUUUCUAGUGGAGCUAAACUAGUGGAUUCUCUACCAGACCAUGAUUUUCGCAAGCUUAUCCCUAGAUUUCAACCAGGUAAUAUCGAGAAGAAUGCUGAAAUAUUUGAGCGUGUUAACGAAAUGGCAGCCAGAAAAGGAUGCACACCGUCACAACUCGCAUUGGCCUGGAUCCAUCAUCAGGGGCGUGAUGUGUGCCCCAUACCCGGGACAACAAAAAUCGAGAAUUUCAACCAAAAUGUUGCAGCACUAUCUGUGAAACUCACCCCUGCAGAAAUGGCUGAACUCGAGUCUUAUGCUAGCAAUGUCCAUGGCGACCGGUAUCCUCUGAUGAUGGCUAACACUACUUGGCAGGACUCUGAGACCCCUCCCUUGUCGUCUUGGAAAUCCGAGUAAAUCAUUUUCGUCUGUUCAAAUACAGUUCCUGGUUCAAAAUAGCUGGUUCAAAAUGGAAGAGCGUUGCACAAGAUUUCAUCAGAAGUGUUUCAUCAGACGCGUUGCUUGCUCCUGUUCUUCUACAUCGCGUGUAUUUGGAAUGAGCUGACCUGUCGAUCUAUGCGUAGCGUGUUGUGUCAUAUGCUUUCGUGAUGUUUAAUUUGCGCGUAAAACUUACUUGAGUGAAGCGCCGUUUCAUAAGCUUGUGCAUUGCACGCAGAAUGUGUGGUAAUAUUAAAUAAAGUGUUGCCAUCACCAGUUUUAAUUUGUGUUAUUAACAUGUUUGUUCAAAUUAACCACUAUCAUGUCUAA